AUGCACUUCAACAUUGAGUUCGUCAAUCGAGAUCUCAAUUGCAAGUCAGUGCGAGACAGAAAUGGCGAUGCUGAGUCCCAUGACUUUAUGACAGACACCAUUCUUCCCAGUGAGCUCGUUAUGGCUGCCCGCGUUAAGUGCGCGCGCUUUGUUCCUUGGUGGAUGUCGAAACGUCGAUGGCUUGUCCUACGUGGUUCGAAAUCACCAAUUCUAAGUGUCUACCGUCAGGACCCACGACGACUUGAAAAUCAUGCGCCAGUUCAGAUGCUACUGCUAGGGAAGGAUACAAGAAUGCGAGUCGCUGGUAAAAAGCGGCUGGUGUUAGUCAGCUCCAGGGUGCGUAAGGACGACACGUUAUCAGUGGAAUUUGACUCUAGUGAGCAAAGACAAGUUGUGUAUGCCACGCUGAGCCAAUGGGUGGCACUUGCGGUGCUGUUGCAACGCCUGACAAUUCAUGAAAGUAUGGCCAAAAAGCCCAACUCGACGGUUUACCUCUGCCAUGAUUGCUAUGAUCCGAUGAACAAAUUUGUGCUGAAGCGUAUUCAUGGAUCUCAUGGUCGUACUGCGCUGAGCAGGACUACUCAGAUUAUGGCAUUGAACCGUGAACAUUACGAAUUGGGGGAAUACCUUGCGCAGUAUUUUUAUUUAUAUGAAGACACCAAGGCCGAGUGUGCAACCGUCAUCAUGAAAUACUAUUCUGGUGGAUCUUUAGCGGACAGAAUUCGCGAAUGUGGUUCACUUCCUGAAGCUUUGGCCUGUAGGGUCUUAGUUUUACUGUGCAAGGCACUUCGUGUGCUGCAUGAACACCAAAUGUUGCACUUAAAUAUUAAAGCUAGCAACAUUUUUUUUGAUGACAGUCCGAACGGCAAUUUUUGCAACCUAAAAAUUGUUGAUUUCGGUAAUGGAACGAACGUUUUUGAUAGUGACGAUAUCGAUGACAACUGGGAGAACAUAGAAGAUGUGGAAUCGUAUGGGUACAUGACCACAACACAGUAUCAAGACUGCUGUGAUCCGGAGACUGACGUCUACGGUGCUGGCAUUGUCUUGUAUCACAUGCUGUCUGGAACAGUGCCGUUUCUAGAUGCUGAGUUACAUUUGUUUCUGACGCGGAAUGUGAUCAGUGAGCUGGAUUUUGCGGGGAAGGUGUGGCAGAACGUUUCGCCACAAAUGAGAUCACUCACAGCUAGAAUGUUAGACAGAAAUCCAGUCAAACGAAUUACCCUGGCUGAAAUCCUGAGUUUAUCAUGGCUAUCGCAAGAAUUCGAAUCUAUUCACACUGUAUGA